AUGCCAAAUUUUUGCGAGCCAUCCCUUCAUCUUGUUAGACCAAGACAUUUCUUUGGCGUAGACAACGAGGAUGAAAUAGAAGCCAUACUUUCAAAUCAUGAAGGCCAUUCCUUACAUGAAUAUAUUGAUAGUGAUGAGCCACUCCAGCCUAUUAUAGAUUUUAAUUUGCCAGUAGAAACAUUAGAUACUAUUACUUCCAAGCUUUCAGACAAAUAG